AUGAGAGCUGUACGCUUCCAUGGACGAGGUGAUAUCCGCGUUGAUGAAAUUGAAGAGCCGGUUUGUGGUAAUGGCCAGGUUAAGAUUCGACCUGCCUUCGUCGGAAUAUGUGGUAGUGAUCUUCAUGAAUAUCUUGCCGGUCCAAUGAUCGUUACUACCACCCCACACCCAUUAACCGGCGGGAAGCUACCGGCCACCCUGGGCCAUGAGUUCAGUGGUACUGUUGAAGAGGUUGGCUCAGACGUUACAGGGUUCAAGGUGGGAGAUCGGGCUGUGGUCAAGCCUAACCUCUUUGACGCCACAUGUACGAGCUGUUCAGUGGGCCGGUUCAAUUCCUGCGAGAAAUUGGGGUUCAUCGGGUACAGCAUCGUGGAUCGCAAAAAUGCGAUUCUCCUACCCGACUCCGUUCCCCUUGAUGUCGGUGCCUUGGUGGAACCUCUUGCCGUCGCAUGGCACGCCGUAAGCCGCAGUCCUCUGCAAACAAACGAUACAGUACUUGUGGUUGGGGCUGGACCAAUCGCUUUGGCUAUUAUCCAGGUACUGAAAGCCAAAGGCGUUACAUCAAUUAUCGCUGUGGAGGUCUCUGAGCGGCGACGAGAAUUUGCCCUGGCCCUGGGCGCCACCGAGGUUCUUAAUCCCGUUGAUGUGGAUGUGGUUACCCAGGUACGUGUCUUGACGGGGAAUGUGGGUGCAGCUGUUGCAUUCGAGUGUUCCGGUGUUCAAGCUGGACUUGAUACUGCGAUAGCUGGUCUUCGGGUGCGUGGGACGACGGUCGUCGUUUCCAUGUGGGAACAGAUGCCUAUUAUUAAUGCUCUUGCUGUUGUUUACCAAGAGAAACAUGUCAUUGGGGCAGUUAUUUAUGAUGAUGGUGAUUUUGAGGCUGUAAUCGAUGCAAUUGCUUCCGGUGAUAUCCAGCCUCGCUCAAUGAUCACUAGUAAGAUCCGAAUGGAGGAUGUGGAUGAGAAGGGGUUUAAAGCUCUCAUUGAGGAGAGGGAUAAGCAUGUAAAGAUCCUCGUCGACAUUUCUGCAUAA